AUGAGUAAAACUGAAUACCCAGUUCAAUCACCACCUUCAUAUUCAGAACAAUCAGAUCGAGAAUCAGAUAUUUCAGAGGUACCGAAAGCUAGUGAUCAUCAAUUUAAAAAUGUUUGUCUUGACUGCUAUGAAGAUUGCUUUGGUUGUUGUACUGGACACAAAAAUUUGCCAGGGUCAGAUAAAUUCAUGUUAGGAAAUUUAUGUGCUGCCAUAUGUUGUCUAACUGUCUCUGAUGCAGCUGUGAAUAGAUGA